UAAUUAGAAACACACACACAUACAUACAUACAUUAAGAAAUUAAACAUGUCAUUUACUAUCUCUUCACCAUUCUCCUUUGUAUCCACCAUCAAUAAUGUCUCUACUAGAAAUAAUCCAAAACACCAACAAGUUCCUAAUAGAAUUGCAUGCAAUAGUAGUAGUACUAAUAACCAAAACACCAAGAAUGAAUCAUCAUCGUCAGAAACACCUAGAAGAAAUGUUCUAAUAGGGUUAGGAGGGCUUUGUGGUGCUUAUACCCUAAGUGCUAACAACAAUCCUUUUGCCUAUGCUGCUCCUAUAUCCCCACCGGACCUAAGCACGUGCGGUGCACCUGACCUACCCAAUGGUGCAAAACCCACCAAUUGUUGCCCUCCAAUUAACACAAACAUCAUAGAUUACAAGCUUCCUUCAAACCCACCCUUAAAGGUAAGACCAGCAGCACAUUUGGUCAACGAUGAGUAUUUGGCAAAGUACAAAAAAGCCGUUGACCUUAUGAAAUCCCUACCGUCCGAUGAUCCAAGAAAUUUCACCCAACAAGCCAAUAUCCAUUGUGCUUAUUGUGAUGGUGCAUAUCACCAAGUAGGGUUCCCGGAUCUUGAUCUCCAAGUCCACAACUCAUGGCUCUUCUUUCCUUUUCACCGUUGGUACCUUUACUUCCAUGAGAGAAUCUUGGCAAGCUUGAUUGAUGAUCCUACCUUUGCCCUACCCUUUUGGAACUGGGAUGCUCCACGUGGCAUGCAACUACCUUCCAUUUAUGCUGACGCCAAAUCUUCUCUUUAUGACAAGCUUAGAAACCCUACUCAUCAACCACCAACUCUAGUUGACCUAGAUUUCAAUAUUGAGGACCCUAAUUCCAACGGCCAAGUUUCCUCCAACCUCUCUAUAAUGUAUAGGCAAGUUGUUUCCAAUGGAAAGACUUCUAGACUCUUCCUUGGAAACCCUUACCGUGCCGGCGACGAUCCUGAUCCUGGUUUGGGAUCGUUGGAGAAUGUUCCCCAUGGUCCUGUCCAUUUGUGGACAGGAGAUAUCAACCAGCCUAACGGCGAGGACAUGGGGACAUUCUAUUCAGCUGCGAGAGAUCCUAUAUUUUAUUGCCACCAUUCCAACGUAGACAGGAUGUGGUCAGUAUGGAAAUCGCUCGGAGGAAAAAGAAAGGAUUUUACUGAUCCUGAUUGGUUAGAGUCAGGGUUUUUGUUCUAUGACGAGAACAAAAACCUUGUACGUGUUAGAGUCAAGGAUUGUCUUGACUCUAAAAGCCUUGGGUAUGUCUACCAAGACGUAGACAUCCCUUGGCUGAAUGCUAAGCGGCGUGGGCUUAAGGCGAAAAAGGUGGCACAACGUUUUGGUGUUGGCGCGGCUUUGGCUGCAGAGACUUCGAGAAAUGCCGAGUUUCCGUUGGUUUUGGAUUCUGUUGUGAGUACUAUGGUGAAGCGGCCGAAGAAGUCAAGGAGCAAGAAGGAGAAGGAGGAAGAAGAGGAAGUUCUGGUGAUCGAAGGGAUCGAGUUUGAUCGGAGUGUGGCGGUGAAGUUUGAUGUGUUUAUCAACGAUGAAGAUGACAAGGUUGUGGGACCCAACAAUACGGAGUUUGCUGGAAGCUUUGUGAGUGUGCCUCACUCUCACAAGCACAAGAACAAGAAGAUCAAAACUGUUUUGAGGUUAGGGUUGACGGAUUUGUUGGAAGAUUUGGAAGUAGAAGAUGAUGAUAAGAUUAUGGUUACGUUGGUUCCAAGGUAUGGGAAGGGUAAAGUUCAUAUUAGAGGCAUCAAGAUCGAGCUUGUUGCAGAUUAAACAUCUCAACCAUUUAUUAAUAAUUUGAUGGAUGUGUGUAAUAUGAUCCAUGUUUCUCAUGCAUACGA